CUCACUUUAAUACCAUGGCACCAACAGUUUUUAACAGUCCCCCUACUAAUAAGGCUAUAUUUAGUGUGUAGGAAGCAGUCUUAAAAAGAACCCAGGUUUACUUGCUCCUAAAUUAGCACCUUUAUAAUUGGUCUCUUUAUCUCAGUGUAGUUUUGCUUCUGUUUUUCUUUGGUAGGGUGAGUGGCAGACCUCACACUUCAGCUGCAACACUGCAAACCCUCUGAAACCUUCUCUGGAUUCAGACAAGAUGAGAAUUGACACUUCAAGAAGAUGUGUAGGUCCACAUUAAAGCACUUUCCGUAUCAUUCUGCGUAACAAAAUGCUGGUUUCAUCUGAAUGACAGUUUUUCACAGACAUGGGUGCGUUCCAAGAAUGGGCAAAUUCUUGGAGAUUACUGUAAAGCUUAGUACCUUUAAUUUUGUACUUUUUAAAGCCAGUGCUCACGGCUGUGUCACUGCUGGCAGGGAGCGCUGGCCCUCAGCGCGGCUCCGCGCCGCGGUUCCUGCCCUUUGCUCACGGGCCGGGCGGGAAGGGAAACUCGCCGCCCGCCCGGCCCGAGCUGGGCAGCACGGGAGGCCUGAGAAGCUGUGAUGCGCCGGGGCACACAGCACUCCGGAGCCCGAGCCUGCCAGCGGGUUUCCCAGUGGCUCCUCAGGAAAUAUGUGGCCCGGCCAGAACGCCCUGAGCCAGGCGCGGGGGGCGGCGGGCGCGCCCAGGUGCGGCCCCUCCUGCGCAGGCAGGGACGGAGCUCCGCGGGCGCGGCCUGCCGGGGAGCAGCGCGGGGGUGGGGUGGGGUGGGGUGUGGAGCCAGCCCGGCAGGAAGGAAGGAAGGAGAGAAAGCCAUCAAGAAAGUGAGCGAGUGGGGAGCCGGAGGGAGAACUGAAAGUUGAAGCGAGCUAAAGCCUUGCGCUUCCUUCUGCCUCCCCGUCCCCGCCGGCCGCUGGCAGAGGUAAGGCGGGCUCGGUGUGCGGGGCUCUGGCAGGGUCUGGCCGCUCCCGGGCCGGCCGCUGCCGCCGGUGAUGCUGCGGCUGCCGCUGCCGCCGGCGGCUCCCUGGAAAGCCGCCGGACAGGGCACGGGGGCUGGGGACGGGCAUGUCCCAGAUGAGCCACACAUACCGAAGUUGGGAUCGGACUGGAAAUAGCAGGUAGGCAGGUAGAAAAUAAGGUGUGUAUUGCCGACUGUUUUCUUUGUAGCUUCAAUUGUUUCAACUAUUUGUAUGUAAGCGUCACGCUAAAGAACGGUGCUUUACUGCUGUGUAUUUAUUUACUCUAUGAGUCGUUUUUUAUGAAGGCAGACGUGAACAGACGUCAUGUUAGCUGCCAUUAUAGAUCUGGAAAUUUUAUCAGAAAACAUAAAGUCAAAGAAGCUGUAGUGCGUAAUGGAUGGAGAAUACGAAGUGAAGGAUACAGCACCCUAGUGUUGCCACUGCAACUUCCCAAAGUUCCAAUUCCACCCUGAGUUUGCUUAUUCAUGCCAUGCAGUUCCUUACUCCAGCGACUCUGCAAGUUGUUCCACUGGAAUUUCUUGCAGUAUGAGGUUUGACUCCGAGGUAAAGAAAGUUGCUGAACCUAUUUCUAGAAGGCAAGUGCUCUGAAAUAAAAGAAAAAAAGAAAAAGACAAACAAAGAAACACUUUGACAGAGGAUGUGAUUAAAGUUAUUUUGUAACUAUCAUCUAGGUUGACCUAUGCUUAGUAACUUCCUUGUAUUGGUAGAGGCAAUAGUUCUAUCUGAAUUGCUGUAGUCAGUAACCUUUUUUUUUUUUUUUUUUUUUUUUUUUAAGCAAUCUAUAUGCUGAUUGUAUAAUGUAGGUUUGGGGAAAGACCUUUAAUCUACAAUAUUUUUCUAUGUUAAUCUUGUCAGUUUGUGUGACGUCAAUUGCAAUGCGAAGAUGAAAUAAUUUACUUGCAGAUUUUGUUCUUCUCCAUGGUAAAACCUGUUGUACUGUUUGUUGGGGUUUUUUUUAAUUUUUUAGGAUCUUAAUCUAGUAUGUGGUUUAGCAGAAGUUGGGAACAAGCCUGAACUUGAUUGUGUUUGUUGAACUGAUUGCUCACAGUGUGAUUAUCUUGCUAUGUACUUUUAAAGGUUUGACAGUUUCUUCAGGCUUGUAUCUGUAUUGAUAUUAAAAAAGGAAACAAAAGCCUAGUCCCACUUGAGUGUUUCUGUGUUCACCUAUAAACUACUGUUCACCUAUUUCACUAUUAAAAUUUGGAUUGCUUGCUUGCUUCAACAAAGAUUUGUCUAUCUCCCAGUCAAUUUUGUCUUCAACGCUUUUUCAACUUGAAAAAUCAGAAUGAAAGAAUUUUAAAAUUAGUAGAUAUAGCUUUACAGAAUGCUAGAUGCAGGUGCUUACCUCCAUGUGAGGAAGGGUUCUGAGAAUUACAAUUGCCAUUUUUCUUUGAUGCUAUUUAGCUGUCACUUUUAGUAAAAGAAAAGAACUAUUAGGCCACUCCUGAGUUUUUUUGCCAUUCCUUGUCUAAGUCCCUUCCAUAAGAUGGGAAAAGGAAGAAAUUGACAAUCAGUUUGUAAGGAAGUGUGAAAAACAUCUUCUAUGAAGGAAAGUUGGAUGAUUCCAUAAAAGGCUUGAGAUGUGUGACAAACAUCACAAUUCUUCCCCUGCUGAAGCUCUUUUCUUUCCUUGUAUUGCUUUAUUCACAUAGCAGUUUAGGUGUUUUGUCCCUAUUUUGAUAAAAUAGAAUGGUCAGAUGUCUUCCAAGAAGUUUGAUGUUUUUCUUUUUUUUUUUUUUUUUAAAUAGCCAUUAGAGCAUUUUCCUAUUUUUAGUAACCAUGUUAAGAAUGGUGAUUUUUUUCUGGGUUACACUACUUAAGAGAAUAUAGUAUUACAACAAGAAUCAAUUUUAUUUAAGCAAGUUCAAAUUCCCCUUGUGGUUUUUUUUUGUGUUUCUUCAUUGUUGUUUUAUUUUUCCCUAUUUAUUUCUAAGUAGGAAAAAUCUGGUUUGCCUUGCUUCUGAAAAGAGAUUUGUUUUACGGAGUGUAUGAAGCUAUGUGCACUAAUGUUGUUUACAAAUGCUGAAUUUGUGGUGGUAGAAAUAUGGAUGUGAAAGAGAAUGAAUGUAUUUGUACGAAUGUGUAUAUGCCACUCCAUUUCUUAUACUGUACAUUCUUUAUGGUUUGUAUAAAUUACUUUGUAAGCAAAAUUAAGGAGGAGACUAAAUUAUUUUUUAAAUUGAACAAUCAUAUAAAAAUAGAGUAAUAUAUUGAAUAAGGUGGUCCUUGAGUUCUGCAUUCUUGAGUUCAAACCUUAUAAAACAUUUUAAGAAGGUAUUACUUAUGUUCUAGCCUGCAAAAUGCUCUCCAGUAUGUGUACAUUUGUUUAGCAGUUUGUUAUGUUAAUCUUUGUGUAAGUAACGAAGCCAAAUCAGUGGUCAGUAUAACCCUUUGCUUAGAGCCACAAAAUAUGUAAUCUUAGUGGUAUUUAACCAGUUGCGUAGCUAGGCCAGGUCUGUAACAUGUCUUCAGAAAUCUUGAUGGAUACGCUGAUAGCUUCUGCCAUAGACAACUAUAGAAACAGAAAGUGGCUUGGGCUUUAUCUUGCAGCUCUGUUGGCAUUUUGUGGUCAAAAUGUCUUCUCAGCAAGCAGUUCCUUCCUUCCUCUGCUGCAUGCUUUGUUCAUAAAAUACAUGGCAAAACGUAAUCAUUCUUACAGAUUUGGACUUAAAGGCUGUUCUCUGCUAGGUAACCCUUUGCAUUGGUAUGUGGUUUGUACAAAGAUGGGUUAGAAUCCAAAUAGCUGAUAACACAUGCCUAUUUGAGUUCUUGAAGUAACAACACUGGGGGUGUUCCAGAAUUAGGUGUAGGCAAAGCUAUUGCAUGUAGAAAAAGCAGUAUUAAGAUAGAAUAUGUGGGUAUAAAUAUUUUUGUCUAUAACAGAUAUAUAUUUAUUUAUAAAUAUAUAGCUAAAGAUGCUUUCCCAGGUGCAUUUUUUGUUAUUAUGAAAGGUGGAAGGAUUGAGAAGAUGAUACUGUCUGAAAAUGAACGUGCACAUCCUAAGGAAAAAUAGCCAAAUGCUAUCUUGAAACACAGAACUCUCAAGGAAGGUGGAAAUGGCUGACAUAACCACCUGCAACUGCAACUUUAAAAGCCUUAGACUGAUAUGCUAACACUGUAGGGGAUUUAUAUACUUGAAUAUGUGUGUGGUUUGGUUGUUGUUUUUUUUGGUUUUUUUUCUUUCUUUUUUCCCCCCUUUUAUUUGUAGUCUGUUUUAUUGUGCUUUUUAUUUAAUUACUGGGUAUCUGAAAGACUAUUUUCUGGCCCAAACAGUACCUGUCUGAUAUUUUUUCCCCCUGGUAAUUAAUUUCUGUGCUAAUUUUUUUUUUCAUUCUGUACUCUGAAUCUGAGACUAUAUAUUCAUCUAGUUAAGAGAAUAUUCAUUUACACUUUCCAGGGUUUAGAGAUGAGUGGAGGCCAUACUGUUGAAUUUUAUCCCUUAUGACUACAGGCUGCCUUGAAAAUUUUGAGGAAAUGCUGAGUUUUCAAUUUUUUUAAGGCAUGAUGAAAGUUUUUAUAAGCAUGCAGGUUAGGAUGGGACAAAGGUAAAUACAAAAGUGGAUUGUUAAUCAGUUUAGAUCAAUCUAAUUUAAAUUUUUUUAAAUGAGCUUGUUGAAUUUAAAUGACUUGGGAAUCUUUAAUUGAGGGUUAACUCUGUAUUAAAGUUAAUCUCUCUUGAGAUGCUGAUAUCUGAUUGACUUUAGAGUUGUCUCUCUAAAAGGUUUUAAUUGUAUCAAUUUAAUAUUCAAGAUAAGUCACUUCUCAGAAUUGUGGGUAGUGAUCAAAGCUGAUAAAAAUAUAUCCUGAAAAAUGAAGCUAGAGACGAGAGAGAAUCCAAUGAUUUAUUUUUAAUAAAGGAAAACUUAUAGCAAUUGAUACAGUAAAAAUGUAGGCAAUGUUUUAAGCCUAAAUUCUAGAUCAUAAAUACUGCAUUAUUUUUGUCAUGAAAUACUUUGAAGAAUUAGGUAUCAAUGCCUACUGCCACAGACAAAUUCUGGGCAUAACAUUUCUCCUGUUUCUAAAUGCUGCUUAAAUCUUAAUGCUCUUCCACUGAAGCUUUUCUUUCUUUUCCAGGCUGCUUAAGGCUAGUACCUGCAUGCCAGGAUAGCUGUUAUAGUCAGCAGGUUUCCCCAAGGCCAAAUUACUCUUUGUACAGAAAGAGAGGUGAAAAACCUGUUGAGUGUUGCUGAUCUUAAACCUUCUUUGAGGAAAUAUGAUUUCAGGCUGUUUCAAACACCUUCAGAACAGUAGCAUCUGGUUUUUGUAAAUUGUGAAUUUAGAUAUGACCCUGAAAGAAAGAAUAACUCAAAUAGAUGACAUCUGAAGAAUAAGAGCUGAGUUGGAAAAUGCUAAGGAAAAAUUCAUGGACAGCCAGAACUUGCCUGUGGGGUCAUGCCUGUUCUCUUUGUGGUGAAGAGAAAACUGCUUCCUUGUCAGAGUUGGUGGUUACCUGUUUGCUGUGUUCUUUCAGGACAGUUUGUUUGAAGGGCUGGAUCUACUGUUGCAAACCACGUUAUUGAGGAUAAUACUUGUUCAGUUGGGUUCUGAGUUGAAGAGGGCUUGAAGGCAUGGUUCACAUAGAAUGCUCUAGAUACUAAUUUUUCCUUUCUUCCAUUGCAGGUCUGUGUCUAUGUUAAAAGGAUUUUGAGAUUGGAAGAUAAGGGAGUAGAAGCCCUGUUCCAUAAUUAUUGGUGCUAGUGUGGAAAUAGGAAAGUUUUAGGUUCCAGCUGUGGUCUUGGACAACUCUUUCUCUCCCUGAUAUCCAAGUACUGUGUAAUUAGAGAGUGUAUAGAUAAGUAGUUCAUUUCUUAACUGUUCAUCUUAAUGUUUAACUACUAGGAUUAUGUGUUUUAAGUCUGUAUUAUUUGUGCUGAGACUUUGAUUUUGCUAUUUUCUUUAUGUAGGCUUAGAUAAAAGGAAGGGUUUACCCUUUUUGAAAUUAUUGUAUACAAACAAUGAAAAAAUAUUACUGUUUAUCUGACAGGGAGUCUUUCACAAUUUUAUUCAAGGUAAUUGUGAGGUUCAGGUGAGAAUUCUUUUUAAUGUCCUUUUUCUUUUCCAUAUGUUUGCAGUCUUUAAAAAAUCAGUUUAACGUGAAGAAACUUGAAGAGGUGUCAUGAGGAAACGGAUUUUUCUAUUGGCUGGUGGACAUCAAAUUCAAUAGAGUUUUCUUGCUAGUGAGCAUGCAUGCAACCUGACUAUUUCUACAUGACUGUGUGGGGCAAUAUACGAAAUGAAGUUAUGUCAUCCACAGGCAAUGGCACUGAUAUUGAAGAAUUUUUGGUCAACAUUAACCUUGCACAGUAUCUUCCUAACUUUAAAAAAUAUGGCUAUAACACUGUGACAGAUUGUGUGGGAAUCAAUAACAGUGUGCUUCAGCAAAUGGGAGUGUUGCCUACAGGACAUCGCAGAAGGAUUCUUAAACAGUUAGACAGUCUUUCGGAACCUCGAGGAAAUUCUCUUUUCCGUGAAAAUUUAAAAUUCAAAUACAUGAAAGGUUUGGAAGAGAAACAGUAUUCAUCCUCAGAUCAGGAGUCUCCUGUAAGCAGUUCAAGUGUAGAUCGGAUGCCUGAAACAUCAUCAGAACAACUUCUUAAAAAAUCUUACGUCAAUAAGGAAAAGUUUGAACUUGCAGAGCAGAACUCAAUGGAGGCAAAUGAUGAUAGCUUUACAAAUUUGGAUUUUUCUAGUUUAUACCAGAAUUCAGACAGCAUACGAAAAGCUGUCAGUCAAAGUAGAAAUAUGAAGACGAAUACUGAGCAAGAUGCAUCACUGACAGAAGCUGCUACAUACCAUGCUGAUGAGCACUUGACUUGCCCUUUAUUGUUCUCUGAUCCUCCUUCAUUUGUUCAUUCCUGCGAAACAAAAUGCAAGGAAAAUAAACAGAGGUUUGCAGAUGAGGGUGAUUUAUCUGACAGUAAACCAGAUUCUCCAUUCUAUAAGUUUAAAGGAGAAAUGAUAGACAAUGACUUAUAUGAUUCGUGUACGCUGAACUGCAUGAAAGUAUUUCCAAGAGCAAGCCGAUCUUUUAUCUUAAGGCAUCGACCUGUACCAGAAAUUCCUGAAUCAAGUAAAGUUCAAGCUUCAUCAAGUUCCCUUCAGAGAAGAAGAAAUAUGGGCCUUGUAAAUAUUUCUUGCACUGGGAGGCAAACUUCACAAAACAAUACUUUCCUGGAGGAAAAGCCACCCAUUAUCUCUCCAUAUGGGGAAACCUUUAUUUGUGACAACGCUAAAGAUGCUGAAGAACUUCAUGGAAAUGAAUCCCUGGCUUGUGAAAAUAAAUUGAAUCUAGGAAUGAAUGAAGAAUAUUCUUCCAAGAGUCUAUGUAAUCAGAAAGAGAAGACAAAAGAAUUUACAAAAAAUGAAUCCUUGUCCCAGGAACACCCAUCAUUAACACCAGAAGAAUCUGAAAGUGAAUCUGUAUAUUCUACUGUGGAACAACAUUCUUUGUCUUUAAAAAAAAAGAAAAAUAAAACCAAAAGACACUCGGCAUCUUGCAGUAAGAUACAAAGUGGAGAUUCUGAUCGCUUGGCCAGUGAGCAAAUAAACUUUUGGCAAUUUGGUGGAGAUCGGACUUUGAUUGGAAAUGAAUCAAUAACACCAUAUGCUUGCUUUUAUGGACCAUCAGUAAAGAAAGUUAAAGCAGGAUGGCUGGAUAAAUUAUCCCCUCAAGGGAAACGUGUAUUUCAGAAGCGCUGGGUUAAAUUUGAUGGAGAGAGCAUUUCUUACUACAAUAAUGAAAAGGAAGUGUUCUCAAAAGGAAUAAUACUGCUCUCUGCAAUAGCAACAGUGAGAGUUCAUGGGGAGAGUAAGUUUGAAGUUGUCACAUCCCAUAGGACUUUUGUUUUCCGUGCGGAUAAAGAAGAAGAAAGAAAUGAUUGGGUUAAUACGAUGCUCAAUGCCUUGAAAUUGCUGCCUGAUAAUAACUCUCAGUCUCGAAGUUCUGUCACCCCUGAAAAAAGUGGAUAUCUUGAGCUGAAAGGAUACAAAACCAAAAUCUUUAUUCUACUUCAGGGGAGUACUGUAUGGAUCUGCAAAAAUGAGCAGGACUUUAAGACAGGAUUUGGUAUCACUUUAAUCCCUAUGAAUGUGGCAAAUGUAAAACAAAUGGAUCGGGCUGCAAAGCAAUCUUUUGAAAUAAUUACUCCUUAUAAAAGCUUUAGCUUUACAGCAGAGUCAGAAAAAGAGAAACAAGACUGGAUUGAAGCACUUCAGCAAUCAAUAGCAGAAACUCUAUCUGAUUAUGAAGUAGCUGAGAAGAUUUGGUUCAAUGAGUCCAACAGGAGCUGUGCUGACUGUAAAGCUCCCGGUCCUGACUGGGCAUCCAUCAAUCUCUGUGUUGUCAUUUGUAAGAAGUGUGCAGGACAACACAGAUCUUUAGGACCAAGAGAUUCGAAGGUCCGGAGUCUAAAAAUGGAUGCCAGCAUUUGGAGCAAUGAACUUAUUGAGCUCUUUAUCAUCAUUGGAAAUAAGAGGGCAAACAGUUUUUGGGCUGGAAAUCUUCCUCCAGAUGAAGAAUUGCAUAUUGAUGACCCUGCAGAAAAAAGGAUAGCAUUCAUUACACAAAAAUAUAAAGAGGGAAAAUUCAGGAAAACACCUUUCCACUACAAAACCAAGGAACAGUUGAAUAAGGCCCUGUGUGCUGCUGUAGUCAAGCAAGAUGUGCUAGAAACUCUGAUGUUGCUCUUCAGUGGGGCUGAUGCUAUGUGUGCCACUGGUGACCCUGUUUACAGCACCCCAUACUUAUUGGCCAAGAAAGCUGGACAAAGACUGCAGAUGGAAUUCCUGUACCAUAAUAAGUUCUCAGAUUUCCCAAACUAUGAUCCUUGCUUUGAAAGUGGCUUCUCUGAAGAUUCUUCACAUUCCACCUUUCUUUGUGAAUUCUUGUACAAAGUUUCUUCUAAUGCAGCUAAGCUUCCUACAGAGAAGAAAUUAAAAGAAGAUUGCAACAAAAGAUGGUGCACUUUGGAAAGUGGCUUUCUGAGCUACUAUGAAAAUGAUAAAACUACCACUCCUAAUGGUAUGAUUGACAUCAAUGAAGUUAUCUGUCUUGUAGUGCACAAGUCAGACUUCUUUUUAAAUAGAGGAGACAUCUUUACAUUUGAAAUGCACUUACUGUCAGAACGUGUUUUUCUGUUUGGAGCUGAAACUGCACAAUCACAAAGAAAAUGGACUUCAGCAAUAGCUAAGCAUUUUGUUCCCCCUGUGGCUGAAUCAUUGUUGGAGCGAGACUGUGACCUUAUUGGGCAGUUGUACUACAAAGAUUGCCAUAACCUUGAUCAGUGGAGAAAAGGCUGGUUUGCUAUAGAGAAGUCGAGCCUUUAUUUCUGUCUUGAAAUGGAGGAUGCUGAAGAAGAUUCCAUAUAUCUAAGAAGACUGCAAGAACUAACAACCAGCAGUGUGAUGCAAAAUGGAGAGAGAAUAGAUGUCCUGCUGCUCGUUGAAAGAGGAAGAACGCUAUACAUCCAUGGCCAUACAAAGCUGGAUUUCAUGGUCUGGUAUACUGCAAUUGAAAAAGCAGCAGGUACAGAUGGUAAUGCACUACAAGAUCAGCAGCUCAGCAAAAAUGAUGUCCCUAUUAUAGUGAACAGCUGCAUAGCGUUUGUUACACAGUAUGGUUUAGGUAGCAAGCAAAUCUAUCUUAAGAAUGGGGAUUCUUCCAAUGUGGCUGAACUGCUGGAAAGCUUCAAAAAAGAUGCAAGAAGUGUUAAACUAAGGGCAGGAAAACAUCAGCUUGAAGAUGUGACGGAUGUACUGAAAAGUUUUCUUUCUCAAAUAGAUGAUGCCCUUCUCACUAAAGAACUUUAUCCAUUCUGGAUCUCUGCAUUAGAUACACAGAAUGAAAAGGAGCGUGUGAGGAAGUACAGAGCUUUUAUUCGGAGUCUUCCACCAGUCAAUAGAGCAACUUUGGCUGCUUUAAUUGAACAUCUUUACAGGGUGCAGAAGUGUUCUGAAAUUAACCAAAUGAACCCUCAGAAUUUAGCCGUGGCGUUUUCCUCUUGCUUAUUUCAAACUAAAGGCCAAACUAGUGAAGAAGUCAAUGUAAUUGAAGAUCUAAUUAAAAAUUAUGUGCAACUUUUUCAUAUAAAUGAAGACCAAGUCAAACAAAUGGACAUAGAGAACAGUUUUAUUACCAAGUGGAAAGACACUCAGGUUUCCCAGGCUGGAGAUUUGCUUAUUGAAGUUUACGUGGAAAGAAAGGAGCCUGACUGCAGUAUUAUAAUCAGGGUAUCACCUUUGAUGGAAGCAGAGGAAUUAACUAAUGAUGUUUUAGGAAUCAAAAAAAUUAUUCCCAGCAAAGAUGAUAUCUGGACAGCUUUUGAAGUACUUGAAAAUGGAGAAUUAGAGCGUCCUCUGCAUUAUACAGAGAAUGUACUCGAACAAGUGCUUCACUGGAGUUCACUACCAGAGCCUGGCACUGCUUACCUAAUAAUAAAGAGAUUUCUAACAGCAGACAUGGUGAAUCUCUACAGUGGUGAAAUGGUAUUGAGUGGAAUGGAGGAGAAGGCUACAUCUGCCUGCCUGCUCUCUUAUGUCUGCAGCCUGCUUCCAGCACUGUUUACCUCAGGGAGAGAAGAAUACUUCAGAAUUCUGCUGAAUUCUGUGUUCUGUCAUAAAGACAAGAAAAAUGAGAAAAGUAGCGUGAAAGCAGGCAAUCUGAAGUACAAGGAAGAACUAUCAAAACUACUGUCUGGAAACAAAUUUCAAGACCGUUACUUUGUGUUACGGGAAGGAAACUUGCUUCUGUAUAAGGAUAUGAAGGCUAGCAAACCUGAAAAAGUGUUGCCUGUCAAUUCUCUGAAGCUUUAUCUUGGAGUGAAAAAGAAAAUGAAGCCACCAACAAACUGGGGACUUGCAGUAUUUUCUGAAAAACACCAGUGGUAUAUAUGUUGUGAUGGACAAGAUGUGCAGAUGGAAUGGAUGAUCAGCAUUUUUAUGGCACAGCAUGCAGAUAUAUGGCCACCUGCUGGGAAAGCAAGAAAACAGUCCAUAACUAAAAGUCCAAAGAUCAGAGGCUUAUCACUAAUUCCCAUUCAUCAGGAGAAGAGCACUUGUAAAAUCAGAGGGAAUACAGAGAAUAUAGAACUACAAGGUGGAAAAUCAAGAUUUGGUGAACAUCAUGAUACUGAACUUCUGGGAGAAAGAAAAAACUUGAAAGAAAAAGCAUCUAUUGUGGCACAAUGUUUGGAAAGAAAGGAGGAGAAGGGGCGAAAUCAUACAAAGACACGUCGAAACUUGAUUUCUGAGGACGAUGCAGGCUCAGGGAUGACUGAAUUACACCAAAUACCACAUAAGACACUGAAGAAAAAUAAAAACAAAACAAACAAAACUACUUUGGAACUAGAUAGUAAAUUGCCAUCACAUGUGAUUCAGGAACUAAAUACUGUGUUGCAGAAGAACAGAGCAGUUCAUGAAACCUCCAGCUGAAUUCCUGAGCCUGAAGUGUAAUACUUAUAUAUAUAUUCUUGUAUUAUAUAUGUGUGUGUGUAUGUGUGUAUAUAUAUAGUGUAUUUUAUGUUCAAAAGUAUUUUGAACAUAAAUACUGUUUUGAUGUAUCUAGUUUGUACAGUGCAGAAGGAAAUGGAAUUUGUUUUAAGCAGCUAUUGAUUUUGUAUAUGUGUAUGCCCAGUGUUAUAAUUUAAGAUUGAACUGGGAGAACUGAUUAUGUAAAACCUCUGAAGUUUGGAAGUUUUCUGUGCAGUGCAAGGACAUCAAGGUUUUGUCUAUUUUGUUGUUGUUUGUUUCAGAUUUUGUUUGAUACAGGAUUUUAAGGACUGUCAAAAAGUUUUGCUGUUUAUACUCUGUCACACCUUGUGAAUACUGGAGAGAUAUUUUUAAAAGACAAGAUACUCUGAAAUUCAUGCUAUUGGCCUGCAAUAUUUUUAAUUGUCUAACAGUAUAAAAUUUAGUAGCAUCUGAUUGGAAAUUGAUUGUUUGUUGUUUUUGCUGGUUUGUUUUUUUUAAUUUGUGGUUUUAUUUUUAAGGAGAAAAUUAGUUUUUACUUCCAUGGAAUUGUCCUCUGACAAGGCGUCAUGUGAAGGAAUCAAAAGGGAAAGAAAUGUAGUAGUUGAGACAAUGUAUUAAUUCUUGUAUCUUGAAACUGUGUCUCUAGGGUGUACAUCUGAUUAUUACAUCUAAGUAAUGAAACUAUUGAGGAGAACAAAAAAAAAGAAGUCUUCAAAGCAACGUCUAAUGGGUAUGUGAACUGGGAGAAUAGCAGUAUCUCAGUGGGCUGAAGUACUUUUCUAAGCAGGCCUUGCUUACUUAGCUCAGGGUGGCAAAGGCAGGCUUUUCUGUUGCUUUUUGGAUGGAGCUUGCUUGGUGCUAACAAAGUUGCUGACCUACCAUUAAUAUUUAGUAUUUAAAUGAGAAGUUAAUUCAUUUAAGAAAAAAUGGUGUCCACACAAACAAAUCAGAAUGGUACCAACAUACCAAGUGUUAAGAAGUGCCAAAUUCUAAAUGGGGGUAGAGAUUUACCCCUCUCUUUACCAUGAGGACCAAGUUAAUAGUAUUCUGUUUGCAGGGACUAGCAAAUGCUUGUCCUACAACUUUACCACUGCUUUUCUGAGUGUGAGGGCUGGUGCCAGGGUUGAGAGAACAGCCUUGCUUGCUGCCUUCUGCAUAUGUAGGUAGCAGUUCCCGAAGGUAGUGAUGUAGCACAGUACAGCUACUUUGAUUUUUAGACCCAGAGUUCCUUAAGUUUAAAAUUCAGCAUUCCUUUUUAAAACAAAACCUAUUCAAGGAAUGAAAUUAGUUUUAGUUGUAGAUUUUAUCUUCACUUACUUCUUACUUUGUUACAUAGCACCUGAAUGGGCGGAAGGCACUGCUGUUCUGAGGCUGUUUUCAGGUGUUGUAGAUGCUGUCUGGUUAAGCAGCAGACCAGAGCUCUAAUGAGCUCACAAAGCACCUUUGCUUCAAGGGAGGCAUUAAUAACAGCAUCUGCUCAUUUUUGCUGCUGUCCCUUUUGUGGUCUGACUAGUCACACUGCCACAGAUUUUCACCAGCCUUUUAAGAACUUACUGAUGCCUUUAGUGUUUGAUUGGAAUUGGCCAGAUCUCAUAGAGUAGGAGAGAGGAAGCAGAGAAGCAGUAUGCUCACUUACUCCCUCCUCUAUUUUUGGUCGUCACAGGUACCCUAAUAUUUCUCACAUCAUUUACUUCCACUCUUGAUUACAUUGAAUGGCUUAAUUGGAAAAAUAAUUUGUUUGAUUGAAGAAAUUAGACAAGUGACUCAAAUAAUGUGUCUGGCAACUCUGCUAGGAAGCACAGAGAAAAUUCUAUCAAACUCAAAUAUUUUAUAGUAGUAUUUAUUAUUCUGAAAUGUAGCACUGACAAAGCAAGUCUAGUCUUUAACACUUUGCAUCUACCUUAUUUGACCUGUUGUUAAAACUGAAACAAGUUUGUAGAUUUUAAUUGUUCCAGUGCCCUAUUGACUGUUUUGCUACCUUCACUUUGUAAUUGAGCUUCUUCUAAUCACUGAGGCUCUGCCUCAAGAAAGCAUAUCAGCCUGAACUCAAAUUUUAUUGAUUAAAGCUGGUGCUUAGUGUUAAUAAACAUUCUUAAAUGCUGAUUUGAACAGGGGACUACUGUCAGCAGGAGAAAUUGCUUUAUUUUCUGUCAGGCUGGACUUGAAUGUACUAUUUACAGCUGUACUUUUAUUUGCAGUUAUUUCUCAGUAUUGAGUUAUGGUUCUUAUAUUGUUUAUCUUUUUAUUGGGACCUUAAGAAUGACAUUCACUCCACUGCUGAAAUGAUGCUUCAUGCAUCAUUUAAGCCACUACACUAAUGGAAUAAAUGGAGCAGUGGAAGAGUUUUGUGCAUUGGAGUGAAUCUAUCCAUGAAGAAAAUGGUUUCUGUAUUUUUAUUGGUUCUAAGGACUACAGAAACAUUUGUUCUAUUUCAAAACCAUGUCACAGGUAAAAUAUCUGUAUAGCUGCUGCUAACAGGCCAUAAAAAUCAAGAAGAUGUGUAAUAAAAUGUGUUUAAAUUUGGUGUUAUAUGUAUACAUAUACAAACACAUUUAUGUGCACAUUCACAGAAGCACACUGAAUGGUGACAGUGUUAACACAAGUAAAAUUUAUUUGGGGAAGUAGAAUUUAAAUUUGCAAUAAAUUAUUUUAUAUAGGUGUCAAAGUUUGAACAAAACAUCUGACACAUUGUUGCACUACACGUUUCAGACAGAUCUAAGAUCUGCAGAAUAAAUGUGGUUUGUUGCAAUAUCUUAAUGGCUGCUGGUAUUUUGUUUUUCCUGUGCCAUGUUAAGAACUGGUAAAGUGUAUUUUUUAGAGAAUUGUAAUUGAAUAAAUGCUUUUUCUCAGAA